GCUUACAUAUCGUACUACUCCAACAGAUUUCAAGAUGUCGGCAACGAAUGCGGCCCGAAGUGUAAUUCGUCAAAUUUUGACGAGUUAUAAGUCAUCUAGAGGCUUCGACAAGGUUGGAGACAAGAUUGAGCUCUUGUCAAUGUCAGAAGGUAAAGCUUCUUUCAAAAUGAAAGUUGAAGAAAGUCACCAGAAUCCAAUGGGCAACCUCCAUGGUGGAAUGACAGCGACUUUGGUUGACAUGUUAACUACAGUGGUGACAUUUACAUCGCCCCCACACAAACUUGGUGUCAGUGUUGAUAUGAGCAUAAGCUACUUAAGGCCAGUUCCAGUUGGAGAAGACGUUACUAUAAAUGCAGAAGUUAUCAAGAUGGGUCGUACAUUGGUCUUCACUGGUGCGGAACUGUUAAACAAAGAUGGCAAACUUGUAGCAAAAGCUAGUCAUACUAAAUUUAUUGGGGAAGGACAGCCCACACCAUUCACGGAGAAGAAGGAAUCAUGACAUAUUUUUUGGACAUUCUUGAAUUCUUCAAACAAUAUUUCCUUAGAGGGACAGCCCAUACCAUUAACAGAGAAGCAGGAAUCAUGACACCUUUUUUUAAAUAUUCUUGAAUUCUUCAAACAAUAUCAUCCUAGAACUAGUUUUUUGGUCUCUCCAUCCUGGAAAUUCAAAUAUAUUUGAGUCCCCUUCCCUCCUUUUAAUUUGAGUGAUGAAUAUCUUCUGGAUAUAUUGUGUAUAAAUGAGCUACCUCCUAGGUUUGAAUUAAGUGUACAAUUUUCCAUGCUUGUUUGCAAGUAAUUCUUGCCUCCUUCCUCCUGAAACAUUUAAGAAAAGCCAGUCUCAUUGUUCCUCUAAUUCAACAGAUUUUUUCAAAAUUUUAUACCCUAAGACUUCUACAUUCACUUGAGAGGCCAAGCCAAAGUAAUUGGGUCAAAUACAUGACUUUGAAACUGCCCUCAUAGAUUCUUAACUUUCUUGUGGUCCUGGUCAGAUACACAUGCUUAUGUAAUGUAACAUAAUAAAUGAAACAUAAAUUUUAAUCCAUAUGUUGUAUAUACAACCUUAGUAUUCAUAACCAUGAGUGCUGCCAAAGCAUAUUUGGGAAUGUAGAUAAAUUUGUUUCAUUUUUAAAGGUUAGGAAGGGAUAUUUAACUAUUGGUGGUCUUGAUCUGAAAAAAGUACAAAAAGCAGGGUUAACUUUAGUGAUCAGUGAAGAAAACAAUGAACAAAUGACCAUAAGUAAUGGAAAAUACAGAAUCUCUGUCCUGGGAAAUCUUCAUUUAUUAUUUUUUAAGCUUUUCCAUCAUUGAUAGUUUAUUUAUUAAAGGAUGACAUGACCUCAUUUUAA